CUUACAGCUACAGUAGUCGAUGAUUAAUGAUUAAUGGAAUUUCCUUAUUUAUUCCAUCUCCUCCCCUCUUCCCCAAUCUUUCCCUUUUACUCCCUCUCUCCUCAUCGCCAAAUCUCUUCAUUCCCCCUUCAUUGCCUCAGCAAUAAGGGCUUUUGUCGUCAAAUUCCUCAGCUUCUCGAUUUUCGAGGUACCUCUCGUCAUUUAUCCAAAUGGCGAAUCCUAUUCAUACCCAUCAACACCACAACCCUACCAACAUGGGCAUAAUUGGUCUCCCUCAUGGUCCGGAAACGGGUGAUGAUCAUGUCUCGAUAUAUGAUAUGGGAACUGAUGAGGCUGUUUUUAACGAAAUUCUGUACCCUGAUGACAUUUUCACAGCAGAGCACGUGUACUGGGCGGAUCUCAAAUUCAAAGACAAAAUCUCCUUCAUUACCAGAACUGAAGGAGCCGAUGCGAAGGAAGAGUUAAGAACAAUUUGGUCGAUGAUGAAGAAAGAUCCCCUUAGUCCAGUCAGUUGGUACUUUAGCAAUGCUGUCCUCCCUGGUGCAGGCUUGGGUCUUGAAGGGUAAGACGAUUUUUAUGAUUUGUAUUUUUGCACGCUAAUGAUGUUUCCAGAUAUGUUCUUUUCUCUAUCGGAAACUUGUCCCCCCUUUUCUCGGCUGUCUGGCCACACUGUUGGAAGACUUUUAAAGUUUGUAAUGAGCAGUGGACCUAUGCCGUCACGUAUCUGGAAAUUAUUGGUAUCAUUGUUGGUCAAAUCCUCGUCGGAUACUUGGGUGAUAAGAUCGGUCGUCGUUGGGGUUUGAUUCAAGAUGCCGUCAUUAUGUUCCUUGGUCUCAUCAUGCUCAUCGCUUCCUGGGGCACAACUCUCAACGGCUGGGUUAUUUGCUACGCCUGGUCAUUGUUCUUCUACGGUAUCGGUGUAGGUGGCGAAUAUCCGAUGACAGCCACUGCUGCUAUGGAAAGUGCCACGGCACCAAAUCGUCGAACAACUAAAAUGGACCGUCUGCAUCGUGGGCGAAAAGUCACCAUGGCCUUCUUGAUGCAAGGUUGGGGUCAAUUCUUCAACCAAGCCAUUCUCAUCCUUUUACUUCUCAUUUUCCAUCACGGAAGUGGAAACCCACCUUAUUCCACAGUUUCAGCACAAUGGAUUUUCCGAGUCUCAUUCGCCAUUCCUGCCGUCGGCACUCUGUGGCUUGUCUAUUACCGAAUGUAUAAGAUGCCUCUCAUCUCCAAAACACUGGACCUCGCCAAAAAGAAGACGAAUGUUACUGGAUACGACAAAGAAUCUCUUAGCUUGACGGUUAAACAUUUCUCAGGACGCUUGGUUGCUACAGCCGGAGCCUGGUUUUGCAACGAUGUCUUCUUUUACGGCAACAAACUGUUCCAAUCUCAAUUCAUCAAAGUCAUCUCGCCAGGUUCAACAUCAAUCAUGGAAGGGUGGUUGUGGAACUUGUGUAACGUCGGGGUAUCUCUUGCCGGCUAUUAUUGCGCGUCGUUUCUCAUCGACAACAAACUCUAUGGACGAAAGUGGAUGCAGCAAGUUGGAUUCGCUUUAGAUUUCAUUCUCUUUGUUGUCCCAGCUUUCCACUACGCCAAAUAUACUAGCAUCGCUGGUAUCAAGUCCUUUCAGGCCAUGUACUUCUUGUCGUCGUUCUUCAACCAAUUCGGUCCAAACAGUGUUACCUUCCUCGUCGCUGCGGAAGUUUUCCCAACACCUAUCCGCGCCUCUGCACAUGGAUUCUCAGCAGCUGUUGGCAAAUUAGGUGCUUUGUUUGCAUCAGUUCUUUACAACUUUAUUACAACUCAGCAAAAGUUCUACAUCGUUCCAUGGUUCGGCCUCGCCGGCAUGCUCUUAACAUUUGUCUUCCUUCCAGACACCACUGGUCUCGAUCUCAAAGAGCAAGAAAGAAGAUGGAAAUAUAUCAGAGCUGGUAGGGAGUCCGAGUAUCAUGGUAUUGCUAUCCACCCAGCACACUUGUCGAUGUGGGAGAGAUGGAUGAAGGCUGGUAAAAGCUAUGACCCCAAGUUGGAUGCCGGAGACAAGAUUCUCGAAAUGCGCCAAGAAUGGGAACUCAAGCAAACUGAGAAAGGCAAGAAUGAGGAAGAUAUUGCAACCUACGAUGAUGAUUGGAGCCAAGAAAUUCACCAAUACUUCCGUUCCGACAACAGUCCUAGACGAACUCGCGCGCCGACUCGCGUAGAGAAUACAUCUGAAACUACGAGCGAUGAAAUUACGAGGGAGAAGUAGAUGGACAUCGAUUGAUGUUUCAGUCCUUCUAUGGCGUUUAGGUUUCGUUAUGUGGUUUGGGAGAUUCCCCCAGCGUAAUGUACGGUAUUUGGAAAAGUUGGCUAUAUAUAUUUGCUCACACCAUCACUCUGGCUUGCAUGCCGUGGAUGGAAUGAGAUACUUAGACUUUAAUAAUAAAGAUGUGAUUUCACGGU